AUGGGUGGCGCGGGCCCCGCGUGUGCGGCGCGCGAGCCGCCGGCGCGCUCCGUGCUGCGGCACGUGCGGCUGGAGAACCUGGCGGCGGGAAUGAGCGGCGGCGUCCUGUCCACCCUGGUGCUGCACCCGCUGGACCUCGUCAAGAUCCGCUUCGCAGUGAGCGAUGGAUUGGAGCUGAGGCCAAAGUACAAUGGGAUUCUCCACUGUAUGACCACUGUCUGGAAGCAUGAAGGACUACGAGGCUUGUAUCAAGGGGUAACUCCAAAUAUGGUGGGAGCAGGGGCUUCCUGGGGACUUUACUUUUUCUUUUACAAUGCCAUCAAAGCUUACAAGAAGGAAGGGAAGAUGGAAAGUCUCAGUGCAAGCGAACACCUAGUGUCAGCUGCAGAGGCUGGAGCCAUGACUCUCUGCAUUACAAACCCAAUAUGGGUAACAAAGACUCGACUUGUGCUACAAUAUAACGCUGGCGUGGAUCCAUCCAAGCGGCAGUACAGAGGAAUGUGUGAUGCUCUCAUAAAGAUAUACAAGACAGAGGGCAUACGUGGCUUAUAUAAGGGAUUUGUGCCUGGUCUGUUCGGAACAUCACAUGGAGCACUGCAGUUCAUGGCCUAUGAGGAUUUGAAAGAGAGAUACAACAAGUAUAGAAACAGAGUAUCAGAUACAAAAUUGAACACUGUGGAAUACAUAAUGAUGGCAGCUGUAUCCAAAAUAUUUGCUGUGUCAGCAACAUAUCCCUAUCAAGUUGUGCGAGCUCGUCUUCAAGACCAGCAUAACACAUAUUCUGGGGUGUUUGAUGUGAUCCGCAGGACAUGGAGGAAAGAAGGUAUUCCUGGAUUUUACAAAGGAAUUGUACCCAAUGUGAUCAGAGUGACUCCUGCCUGCUGUAUUACCUUUGUAGUUUACGAAAAUGUGUCUGGCUUUUUACUUGGUUUUAGAAAAGAAAAUAAUUAAAGGUAUGAACUUGUGUUCCUAGGAAGGAAUCUAUCCUUUAUUUUUUAUAUUUAUGAUCUGGGAGAAAUUUAGUUCAGCAGUCUUCUUUGACACUGUGAACUGAUCUGGUAUUUUGAGGAAAGAAUGUAGAGACAGUGAAACCCUGCCAGCAUCUCUCCUGUUGAGCGUUCCUGCAUUGCUGCCUUCCUCCCUGAAUCAGCUGUGUCUGCUUGAAACAGAUGUCUGCAACUGUGAAAUAAUAGUGCUGUGACUGGGUGAAGGCAGCUGCACAGCAAUUCCAUUCAUCCUGGCCUUCCUGGAAUAACCCUCUGAGCAGUUUCAGCAAGUCUCAAGAUGACAGUUGGUGAGAUUUUGCUCCUGCACAGGUGGAAAACUUCAUAUGAAAGCAGCUCUGGAGCGUGUUAAAACUUUCCUAAGUCUCUGAGUAUCAUUAAAACAAGGAAUGUCAUCUGAAUCCACCUCUGUGUUGUUUGUCAGAUUUUAGGAUAUGGAAUGCUCCAGCCUCCAUUGCUCAUCCAACACAAAAAUGCUGCCUCAGUGGGGUGCAGUUUGGAAACCGAAAUUGUUUUUAAAACAGCUGUCCAUUCUUGGGUUUGAAGAAUUGCAAGUCUGAUGAAACUCAGUUCUUGUCUCAUACCAGGACAGACUUGCAUUGUGGUUUUUGACUUGGUUGUAGCACCAGACUGACAUAUGCUGUGUGCAUUGCUGGCCACUUAAUUACUUUUCUUUCUCUUCCAUUCUCUCUUCCAUUCUCUCUCCAUCUCUCUCUAUGCCAGAGUGUCUCCAUUAAUGAUACAUCUGACCAAAUAUUACUAAGGAAAUGCAUAUUUGAAAGCGGGCUUACAUUUUAAAAAUGAGGAGUUUUUUCCUAGUAAUCCCAGAGUGAUGCAGUGUUCAAACCAGUGUAAUAACAAAUAGGACCAAAUACUUACUUUCAAGAAUAUUCUCUGGAAAAAGAAGUUUCUAGUCUAAAAAAAUCCUGUGCACAGGACUUUCUUCAAAAAAACCAGAACAAUCCAUUAAUGUCUUCUGAUUUGGUUUAAGGAAAAGAUUGUUAAUAUAUUGAUUGCUAACUUAAUGAUAAAUUAUAGUACAUCUCAGUAUAUUUGUAUAAUAAUUAUGUUUUUUUCCAUACCAAUAAUUGCCAUCAAGGAUAUGUACUUUUUAGAGUUGUGGGUUUGAUGGUUUUGGGUUUUUUUAGUUCUCUAAGAAAGUACAUUACUGACCAUAACAUCUGCCUUCUGCUCUUGGUAAGAAGAUAUUAAGUGGUAUCUAGAAAGUAUCAUUUAACUAGGAAAUAAAUUAGCAAAGGCUAUUCAACAGGUAGUUUCAUAGGGAGCAGAAUAAUCACUUAGAGAAGUUUCCUGUUUACCAGACCAACCUAAAGCAGAAAGAACAAUUUUUAAUAAAAACUUGACUGAUUAGGGGAUUGGUUUAAAUUUUAAAUUAAAAUCUGGAAAGCUACAGACACUACUCAGUAUUUUGAAUCCUCAUUCGGCAAUCCGCUUGCUUGUUUUUGUAGAUACUAUUGCCACAUACCACAUUUUGGGUAUAACUAACUUUAUUAAUAGUUUACACUUUCUCUUCCACAAUCCCAUCCCCUCUACUGAUACAGUUGAUAAUCUCAUCAGAAAUAAUAAUCUCAUCUGGGGCCUGUAUGGCUGGCUUUGGUUUUUAUUAAGGAAGGUUUGUGUGUAUUUUGCUGAAGAUAAAUUUACUGGAAGUUUACCAUGUAUAUUAUGUAGAUCCAUAACAGCAACUUCUUCUGCCUUUGGAGGGUACUUCCUUGGGUUUGGGUGUUUUGUGGUACACAGAAUGAAUUUAAUGGAACACUGAGUUAACUCUGCCACCCAGGGUCCAAAAUAUAUUGUGAAGACAAAUGCAAAAAGCAUAAAAGAAAAAAAGCUGUGCACAUGCUCCCCUGGAUUAGUGUGCUCUAGGCCCAGAACAGCUUACUCGUGCUUCAGGAUAAAUGCAAAGACUGCGAGCAUGGGCACAAUCACUUACUGUAUGUUAACUGACUUUCUGUAAAUUCACACCAUAGCUCAGUUCAUAGUAACUUGUUUGUGUUCAGAUACCUUAAAACCAUCGUCCAAGCCAGUGAAAACAUUACAGUUCUUCAGAGACAGAAUGCCAGCUGUGUAGCUUGCUGGCUUGCAGCAAAUCUCACACACAGUCUUGCAGUUGGGCAAGCCCAAGUGCUCCCCUCACUGCAGGUGUGCUGCCCUGGUAUCUGCAACAGCAGCUACCAGCAAGAGCCACCAAGCUGAGAGAUGCCUGGGGGAGAUGUUACAGCCUGUUCAGAAAAGAAGAUGAGAUUUAAUCCUAAAUAGUGAAAUAAAUUCAUUAUCUCAGAUUUAUUGGGUUUUUUUUCCUUUUAAUUUCUGGGAAGAGUGGAGAUUUUUGCAUGUUGUACAUGCUUUUCAUGGGUUUUUUAUUUCAUUAAUGUAAAAUUGAUUUUGUAAUACAAACAUGACUAUGGUUUCUUUUUAUAAUGUGUACAAUUUUAAAAAAUAUUUGAGUAUAUCACUUGCAGCAUUUGAAAGAAAAUACUUAAAACACUGAAGCUAAUGGUCUGUUGGAAUGAUUGCUGUUGUCACUUGUCAAACAGCUGUGACAUCAUUGUUUCACUUUACCAGUUCCCUUUUUUGAAAGCCUAGGCAUUUGAACCUGCCUUAUUUCUGUAUCUUCUAAACUAUUAACAUAUCUAGCUUUUAACCAAUACCAAAGUGGUUCUAUAUAUAUGAAAGGCUAAAUCCAGGAGAAUUAUUUUAUUGGAGCAAUGAAAUUAAGUGCUGUAACUGUAAAAUUAUUUAGUGUCUGCAUCUUAGUAGUGGAGACCAGUCAUAGGUGUUACACUGAAAUCCAUUCUAUCAAGAAGCAAGCAAGGGGAGCUUAGAUAGUCUGGUUUUGCUCAGUUGUUCAUAGUGAGGUAUUUAACAUUUACCACAUUGUCUAGUCACAGUUAAGUCACCAGGAGUUUGUUGAGAGCCAAGACUGUAACAGCAGUGCAUCCUGUUCUGCAGUCAGGUUUACAGGAGUGAAUUUUAUGUAUGUUUUCCGAAGGCUAAAGCCAACACCUGAUUUUACUUUCUUAGAACUUUAUCUCUAAAGCCUUCUAAUAAAAUCGUGUAUCAUAACACCGUGUAAAAUAUCUUAAGCAGAUUAAUGAUCAAUAAAAUAGCCUGGAUUUUU